AUGAAUAAUUUGGUAAAAGGAAUUUGUCUCUCUCAACAUGCAGUGAUAAGUCGCUCAUUAUGUUGUACUCCAUCUAUGUAUAUUAAGCAGUGGCGAAUAGAGCAUGGACUAUCAGUCAACCGUACUGCGGAAGGAAUCCUUACCGAUGGACCUGACUACACAUUUUUGGAUGGACGACCGACACCUUUACUGCAAAAACAAAAGAAGCGAAUGCUUAAACAGCAAGAUUAUGCUACAAAAAUUGUAACAUUAUGUUCAGAAAUAGAUUUUGCUAAAAAGAGAUAUCAAGAUAUGUUAAAUGCCAAGGAGGAAGAAAGACGAAAAAUUAUAAGUAACAGACUCAAACCAAAAGGAAGAGCAUUAAGCAAA